AUGGCUAGCAAAAGAAAGUCAACAACUCCCUGUAUGGUGCGAACUUCUGAAGUCGUGGAGCAGGAAGGUGCCGAAGGCGUAGAGGCUCCUAAAGAGAAGGGGGCUGGUGCACCACAGCAGGACUCUAAAAAAAAUUGGCCCUCAGAGAGCUCAGUCAAAGACUGCGAAGUGGUUGAGGCAAAGCCCCCAGCUGAAAAUCAGUCCAAGAAACCCCAGGGUGGCUAUGAGUGUAAAUACUGCCCUUAUUCAACACAAAACUUAAAUGAAUUUACAGAGCAUGUUGACACUCAGCAUCCAAAUGUCAUUCUCAACCCCCUGUAUGUCUGUGCUGAAUGCAACUUCACAACUAAAAAAUACGAUUCUUUAUCUGACCACAACACAAAAUACCACCCAGGAGAGACUAACUUUAAACUGAAGUUAAUUAAACGCAAUAAUCAGACUGUUUUAGAGCAGUCCAUUGAGAGCACUGCUAACGAUGUCCCUGUCACAAGCAGUGGGAUAGAAAAUGCAGAGUGUGAUGAUUCACUUCAUGGGGCAAUUAGUGCCAGCAAACCACCAGUGAUGAAACUGGGAAAGCCUAAAGGGGAAACCAAGAAGGGUCCCAAAAAGCCGGAAGAGGGAGUUACAGAAAACCACGUGGAUGGCACUCUCCCCCGCAUCAUAACUGAAGCCACUGAAGCUAUUGCUUGUAUAAAUGGAGACCUUCUCCACGAUGUGUUAGCCCACGUUAUGCCCUCCGUACAGCUGCCACCAAAUAUUAACCUUGUCCCCAAGGUCCCGGUACCUCUGAACAGUACCAAAUACAACUCUGCACUGGACACAAAUGCAACCAUGAUCAACUCUUUUAAUAAAUUUCCUUACCCAACGCAAGCAGAGUUGUCAUGGUUGACGGCAGCAUCAAAGCAUCCGGAAGAACAAAUCCGAAUCUGGUUUGCUACGCAACGUUUGAAGCAUGGUAUAAGUUGGUCUCCUGAAGAAGUGGAGGAGGCAAGAAAGAAGAUGUUCAACGGUACUAUUCAGGCAGUUCCCCAAACCAUCACUGUCCUGCCAGCUCCUUUGACAACUGCAAAAAUGCCCCAGCCCAUCAUCCAGACAGCUUUGCCUUGUCAGAUACUGGGCCAGACCGGUCUGGUUUUGACUCCCGUGUCAAAUGGUUCAACCGUUUCCUGUUCACCAAUUACGCUUGCUGUUGCCCCAAACCAGGGGCAAAAGAGGACAAUACAGACCUUAUCAAGUGCCCCAGAGGCCAAGCGUCCUCACAUAGUCCAGGUGCCUGAGAUUCCUGCCAAGCUGACUGCUGUACCGCUCACGCCAGCCAGUGAGCGAAAAAAGACGAAGGAGCAGAUAGCAGAGCUGAAGGCCAGUUUCAUGGCAAGCCAGUUUCCCGAUGACGCAGAAGUCUACCGGCUGAUAGAAGCGACGGGUCUCUCCAGGAGUGAGAUCAAGAAGUGGUUCAGUGACCACAGGUACAGGAGUCAAAGAGGCAUUGUGCACAUCCCUGGCGAUGCUUUAGGCAAAGAUCAGCUAGCACCUUCAGCUAGUCGACACGGCCGAUCGUUUCACCCGUACACAGAUUUUACUCCCCAGAGAUUCAAAGAGAAAACCCAAGAGCAGCUUAGGGCUCUUGAGGAGAGUUUCUUAAGAUGUUCUUUUCCUACUCAAGGAGAAUUGGACAGGCUUCGAGUCGAGACUAAGCUGAGUAGGAGGGAGAUAGAUUCGUGGUUCUCUGAGCGGAGAAAGAUAAGGGACAGCAUGGAGCAAGCUGUCUUGGACUCAAUGGGAUCCUACAGAAAAAUUAAAGACCAAGGAAUUCCCAAUGGUGCAAUAAGCCAGGCAGAACUGCUGAGUAGCUCGCAGCUCCCUGGUGCUUUAUCUGGGUCCUCUGCCACGUUUAAGAAAACCCAAGAGCAGAUUCAUCUACUGAAAAGCACGUUUGCAAGGACCCAGUGGCCAUCACCCCAGGAGUAUGACCAGUUAGCAUCUCAGACUGGGCUCACAAGAACUGAAAUAGUUCGCUGGUUCAAGGAAAACCGGUCUUCACUAAGAACUGGGUCGCUUAAAUGGAUUGACCAGUACCAGCAGCAGUCUGUUGUCGAUGGUCGUAACGAGCAAAGCCAGAAAAAGGGAUCAAAACACGUUGAGAGUCCAAAGAAUGGUAAUGAGGUGCCUCGGCAGCAUUACCAGGAGCAUAAAAAACUGAAUGAAGAGAAUGGGGGGAAAGUAGCGGUGAGGGCAAAAAGAGACUGCGAACCAUUGAAAGACUCUUUGUUGGGGAAUCAAGCGGAGGGUACGGACAGGUUGGAGUGCAACAGCCACGACGGCCACGGCAGUGAGGAGAACGAGGAGCCGGCAGAGGUCAACUGGGUGGAGGUGACAGUGGGCGAGGAUGACGCUGCAUCGGACUGUACGGACAGCUGGAGCCAAACGGCACCAGAAGGCCAGGCAGAGCUGGCAGACUUUGACUCUGAAAGUAUAUCUGGAGACAAUUCCCACGUAUAGACAGGGGAACUCCUCAGCUGCACUGUCCUGACGUUGGAAGGGGAAAUGCUGUCUGAAAAUA